AUGAACUUGGUUUUGCGUACUGCUGUCUUUAUUUUCUUUUGGCUGCAGCUUCCACUAUUGCUUGCUGACAAUAGUAACACCGCCACUGCCACCACCACUGUGAAACCUGGCUGCCAAAGCACGUGCGGGAAUCUAACUGUUCCAUACCCUUUUGGUAUUGGCGUAAAUGGUGGUUGUUCCCUCAAUCCGUCGUUCAAUAUCAACUGCGAUACGUUUUCAGACCCUCCCAAGGCCUUUCUUGGCACAACUGAUCUCGAGGUCACAGCUAUUUUUGACAACAAAAUAUGGGUCAAGAAUUCCUUGGCAUCAGUGUGCUAUGAUAAAUUUGGAAAUGCACUUACCGACAACUCGGGGCCUAUCAGUUUAAUGAACACUUCUUUUAGCCUGUCUACCGAAAACCAGCUCACAGUCAUUGGAUGUGAUGACUAUUCGUUGUUAGAAGAUAUGGAAGAUUCCAUAAGUGCUUGCGUCGGUAAAUGUUCGAAAAUCCAGGAUUUGAGUGAAGGAGUUUGCUCUGGAAUUGGCUGUUGCCAGGCCUCCAUAACAAAGGGUUUACAGUAUUUCUAUGUUUACCUGACAAGCUUGAAUGAUCAUCAUAAUGUCCGGUCAUUUAAUCCCUGUGGCCACGCAUUUCUUGGAAAGCGGGAUAGGUACACGUUUCGCAUAUCUCAUCUCAAUAAUACGUCGAUCUCAUUAGAUAACGUGCCAUUGGUGAUUGAAUGGGAAAUUGGGGACAAAAAUUGCACUGAAGCUCAGAAUUUGACUGGCAUUAACCUAUGUUAUGGCGAAAGCAUUUGUGUUGAUUCUGAUACUGGAAUAGGGGGAUACAACUGCAACUGCUCUAUAGGAUCUGCGGGCAAUCCUUAUCUCAGUCCGGGCUGCAUAGAUGUUGAUGAAUGCAAGGAUCAUCCAUGUGAUGAAUUUGCAACCUGCGAUAACCUUCCAGGUAAUUACAGUUGUGAAUGUCGGAAAGGAUAUCUAGGUGAUGGCAGAAAAGAUGGUCUCGGUUGCUUUCUCGUGCAACCUUCAACAUACUCCGAUACGAAUGAAGGUAAUAAAUCUCUCAUGCAGUUAGUGAUGCAGAAUUUAGAAAGUUUACGCAUAGCCUCGGUAUUAUUGUUCUUAUUGGGGGUAUUAUUGUUCCUAUUGGGGGUUACCUUAGUGUUGUACAAAGUACUGAAGAAGAGGAAAAGAAAUAAGCGCAAACAGAAAUUUUUUCAACGAAAUGGAGGUCUUUUGUUGCAACAACAGAUAUCAUCUAAUGAAGAUGUCCUUGAGAGAAUGAAACUUUUCCGGUCUAAGGAGUUGGAGAAGGCGACUGAUCGCUUCAAUGAAAGCCGAAUAAUAGGUAAAGGAGGCCAAGGUACGGUCUACAAAGGCAUGCUAUCAGAUGGAAGAAUAGUCGCAGUGAAGAAAUCCAAGUCAAUCAAUGCAAAUCGAGAAGAGGAAUUUAUAAACGAGGUUGUCAUACUUUCGCAAAUAAAUCACAGAAAUAUUGUAAAGCUACUAGGAUGUUGUUUAGAGACUGAAGUUCCGUUGCUAGCUUAUGAAUUCAUUUCCAAUGGAACCCUCUUUGACCUCAUACAUGACGAAAGUCCCAAUUUUCCAUUUUCAUGGGAUGUGCGCUUGAGAAUAGCUGCAGAAGUAUCAAAUGCCCUUGCCUAUCUGCACUAUGCAUCUUCCAUUCCCAUUUAUCACCGGGACAUCAAGUCGAAUAAUAUCCUUUUAGAUGAAAAAUAUAGAGCUAAAGUGUCUGAUUUUGGAAUUUCGAGGUCUAUUGCAUUAGAUCAAACACACUUAACCACCAAGGUCAGGGGGACAUUUGGGUAUCUAGAUCCAGAGUACUUUCGGUCAAACCAAUUCACAGAAAAGAGUGAUGUUUAUAGCUUUGGUGUUGUUAUGGUAGAGCUUUUGACAGGACAAAAGCCAAUAUCUUCAAGUCCAUCAGAAGAGGAACUAAGUUUAGUAACACGUUUUCUUUUAUCCAUGAAAGGAAAACAGCUUAACACAAUUCUUGAUCCUCGAAUGCAAGAAAAUGGUGCGAAGAAAGAGAUCUUUAUUGUUGCUAAUCUUGCAGAAAGAUGCUUGGAAUUAAAUGGAAGAAAAAGGCCAACUAUGAAAGAAGUGGCCAUGGAAUUGGACAAACUUAUGAGAAUAUAUUCCAAAAGCUGA